AAAAAUACACUAAUGUCAAAUAAAACAGUAAGUCAAGUCGUGCUGUGCUUAAACAUUCUCCAUGGGUGUUUUCAUCACCGUCAAAAAGGAAAGAGAAAGGAAAAGCAAUUCCGUAGCUGUGUUCUUCUCCACUGUACUGAAUUUGACAAACAUACAGCACCAACUGAAGUGCACAAGCAGAAUUCUGAACAUAGGUUCAAGCAGCUGGGGGAACGGUUUAUUUGAACCCAGUAUUGGUUAUUUGCCGGCAUCAAUCGGCUAAUGGAGAUUCAGUUUCCAGCUAAAAAAGAGAGAAGAUACGGUCAUACGGCAGAUGCAGAUGAUGAUGGCCCCGCACGGCCGCGCCGCCCUAGUACGCGCGGUCGCGGCAUGCCCCGGCUGCCGCGAAGAACAGGCCCUCCACUGCCUCGUCUGCAAACUGGGCCACGCAUCCGACGUCGUGAUGGCCACCGCCUUGCUCACCUGCUACGGCAAGCGCGGCCUCCUGGCUCUCGCCCAGAGGCUGUUCGACGAAAUGACGCGCAGGGACUCGAUCGCCUUCAACGCCAUGCUAGCCGCGCUCGGUGCCUCCGGGAGGACGGCCGAUGCCCGGAGGCUGUUCGACCGAAUGCCGGACGCUGACAGGACCCCAGCCUCGUGGAACACCGUGCUCACGUGCUACUGCAGGGCCGGCGACCUCGCCUCCGCCAGGGAGGUCUUCGACGCGAGCCUCCGCGCGACAACGAGCAGCCUCGUGUCGUGGAACGCGAUGAUCGAUGGGUACUGCAAGGCCGGACGGAUGGACGCCGCCCAGGAGCUGUUCGACCGAAUGACCGGUUCUUCGCCACGGGACGUUGUCACGUGGAACACGAUGAUGGCCGGGUAUCUGCGCCGGGGAGACCCCGCCGCGGCCAUCGCCAUGUUCCGCCGGCUGAUGCAGCAGCAGACGCUGAGGCCCACCACGGUCACCAUGGCCACCGCGGUGUCCGCUUGCGCGCAGGCGGGGGACUUGGCCUUGGGCCGGGAGAUCCAUCUCUCCAUCCGCCGGCUGGGGACAACCGCGGACGCCGUGCUGAGCAACGCCCUCAUCGACAUGUACUUCAAGUGCGGCAGCGUGGACCGCGCACUCGAAGUGUUCGUCACAAUGCCGGGCGGCGCCCCGAACCUCUUCUGCUGGAACACCCUGAUCGCGGGGCUCGGGAGGAACAGUCGUGGCGAGGACGCCGUCAGGGCGUUCCGCGACAUGGUCGAGAAGGUCGUCAAACCCGACGCUGUGACGUUCGUGGCGGUCCUGUCGGCGUGCAGCCACUCCGGCCUGGUGGCCGAGGGCCGGGAGCUCUUCGCAGAGAUGCUGCCGGUCCACGGGGUGGCUCCACGGAUGGAGCACUACGGCUGCAUGGUGGACCUCCUGUGCCGCGCUGGGCUCCUCGGCGAGGCCACGCGCCUCGUGCGGGCGAUGCCUGUCAGGCCCAACGCCAAGAUCCUGGGGAGCCUCCUGCUGCACGCGCACGCGCACGCCCGCGGCCCGGGGCCGGAGCAGGGGGAGGAGGACGGCGUCAGGGUGGGCCAGUGGGCGGCAGAGCAGAUCGCGGAGCUGGACUCCCACGACGGCGCGGCGUUCGGCCUGUCCAACAUGUACGCGUCCCUGCAGAGGUGGGAUCACGUCGAGAUGCACCGGAGACGGAGUAAGAUGAUGAACGCGGCCCGGGCGAACGGGAAGGAGCCUGGCCGGACUAGCUGUGAUCUAGCAGCUGCUGCACAAACUGAAGAGCAGCAUGAAUAUUGAACGGUUGUUUGACACUCAUAUUGAUUCCAUUUUCACCUA